AUGCAGAAAAAAACCAGUCUCGAAAAUGGAGGUCCCAAUUUCUGCAUGGCUUUGGGCCUCAAAACCUACUCAGAGACUGCAAAAUUAAUCCACAAUAAAUCUCAACCAAGCCAAGAUGAUGAUGAUGAAAACGCCGACGGCCCCAAUUUAUCGGAAAAACAAAAUAGGUUGGAUAUUAUUGUUGCAAACAGUAGUAGUUAUUACCAAAAAGGCCCUUUGCAGCUAAGUCUCCUCCCCGGACCUCCUCUCCCUCGCCGGAUUUCGCUGACCUGGUCUUCCGACAACGGGAGCUCGGAGAACGGUUCGUCGGGGAACGCCGGGAGGCCGGCGGCGGGCCGGGCGGCGGAAGAGGCGUCGUCGGCAAACAGCGACGGAUCCGCUUUCCGGCUGGUCGGUGGGAAUGAUAAGAGAAGUUUCGAGGCGGCUGACGAGGACGAGGAGGGUGGGCCCCACGGGAGGAAGAAGCUGAGGCUGUCCAAACAGCAGUCGGCUUUUCUUGAGCAGACGUUCAAAGACCAUAACACUCUUAAUCCUAAACAAAAGAUGGCCCUUGCGAAACAGCUCAACCUCAGACCAAGACAAGUUGAAGUCUGGUUUCAGAACAGGCGAGCCAGGACGAAGCUGAAGCAAACGGAGGUCGAUUGCGAGUACCUGAAGAGAUGUUGCGACGCGCUGGGCGAUGAAAAUCGACGGCUCCAAAAGGAGCUCCAAGAAUUGAGGGCCCUCAAGAUAUCGGCACCAUUUUACAUGCAAUCGCCGGCCACCACACUCACCAUGUGCCCCUCGUGCGAGCGCGUCUCGUCUUCCGCCACAAAAACAGACGACCCGUUUUCUAUGACCCAGCCCAAGUUCUUCCCGUUUUCUCAAAACUCGGCCCGGAUUAAUUCACACAACCAUCCGGCUGGAUCGUGA